AUGAGCGACACCCGCAUCCCCGUCUGGCUAGACUGUGAUCCAGGACACGAUGACACCUUCGCCAUCCUCCUCGCAGCCUACCACCCCGCCAUCCGCAUCCUGGGGGUAUCAACCGUCUUCGGCAACGCCUCUUUAGAAAAAACAACCCACAACGCCACGUCCAUUCUGACGGCAAUCUCCCAGUCAGCCUCCAUACCCGUCUACAUCGGCGCCUCCAAAGCCCUCUUCCGGCCACCCAUGCACCCACCGACGGACAUCCACGGCGAAACUGGUCUCGACGGGACAGAGCUCCUCCCCCCACCGGCUGUCCCUCCCGUGGCUACCAUCCCGGCCAUCGACGCGGCAUACGAAGCUCUCAAAUCCACCCCCCGGGGGACAGCUUGGGUGGUGGCCACGGGGAGUUUUACCAACGCGGCGGCAUUGUUUAUGAAGUACCCUGAACUCAUCCAGCACGUUGCCGGGCUGUCGUUGAUGGGAGGCGCGAUAGGAAACGGGUUCACGGCCGCGGUCUUGGGGACCGUUGAUGGAGUGCCGAGGGUGGGGAACUGGACCCAGUUUGCGGAGUUCAACAUCCUUGCCGACCCUGAGGCGGCGGCGUUCCUGCUGACACAUGGGGAACUGUCCAAGAAGACGACGUUGAUCCCGUUGGAUGUCACGCACCUGUGCCUCACCACCGCCCAGGUUCAGGAACUGAUCUUGUACGGACCCGAGGGACGCAAGGAGGGGAUGGUGCCCGGGAGGGGCAAGACGGAAUUGAGGCAGAUGCUCGUCGAGCUGCUCUUGUUUUUUGCGAAAACCUACGCCGACGUCUUUGGCAUAACCGAAGGCCCGCCGCUGCACGACCCCUUGGCUGUUGCGGCGGUACUAUCUGGGCUGGACGAAAAAGGGGGGCAUAAAAUCCCAUUUUAUGAACAUGACCCCUCUGUGGGGGUGGGUAUGGAGGGAAAGGGGGAGAGGUACGAGGUAAGUGUCGUCACAGAGGGGAGCUACGAAGAUGCCAAAGCUGGUGCGAGGACGGGCCAGGUCACCGCGAGAUUGCUACCCCCAGGCGAGGAAGGGGUGAGGAUACCUAGGGGGUUGGACUUGGGGGUUUUUUGGAGGGUGUUGGAGGAGUGUAUCUCUAGGGCGGACGAGGCGAAUGAGAGGGCCAGGGCUGUGAAGCAAGAGGCCGGGGUUCCUACUGCUUAGAGUUGUUUGGAUGGAAAAGAUAUAGAGGGUUGAAUAGACGGACGGGGGGUGGUGGAUGAUCUUUGGGAUAUGUGAUGUUCAUAGUAGAUUUGAAAGAUUUCAAAAGAGUUUACU